UAACCCAUAGAUGAAAGCGCGUGAACAGACGAUACAGGAAAUUACAAUUCGCAAGACCUAGAAACAACUUUUCAAGAAGAUUUUCGAUGACCAUUCACGUUGGAUUAAAUUUUAAGCGUCCAGCACUGAAAACCAACUAAAGUAUUGUUUAUUUUAUUUUUUGUAAUAAGGACGGGAACACCUUUUUUCACUAACGUUUCGGUUGUGCAGGUGAACUAGUUUUUUUCUUAUCAACUUGUUUUGUAAUGCUGGUGGAUAAGGGAGCUUCCCUUUGUCAAUAAUGUUAAUGUGUAACGUUACUACAGAAUUCAAAUAAAUGGAUCGUUAUGCCAGUGGUUACAUCCUGAUUGGGAGAGGGCAGUGCCAGUGAGGUAUGCUGGAGAGGUCCUGUUUGUGUGUCAGCCAGCAGGAUGAGUGUGUCUGACGGUGUGGUAGGAGUGGCCAGCCUGGACGUAGAUCAACAACAACAACAGCAGCCGCAGGCCGUCUUCCUCCAGAUCUACCCACGCCUGUCCCAGGACAAAGCAGCAUGUUGUACUCUCCAGGUCAGCCCAGGGGCCACAGUGGCCAUGGUUAUCCAGAAAGCAGGGGCCACUCUGGGCCUGGACAUGACCAGACCGUAUGCCCUGCUGGAAGUCAGGCAGGCUGAAGGGGAGGAGAGGAGGCUAGGGGACACUGAGAUGCCUGUGGAGAGGGUGUUGCUUUGGCCCCCAGGGGCCAGAAAACGGCAUCCCCAGGAGAAGGGGUAUUACUUCAUCCUCCAAGCCCAGGGAGGUGAUGGGGCUCUGGGGUCAGAGAUGGACGGUGGUGGUGUACCUUCAUUAGAGGAAUAUGAUGACUUGUGCAGCCUCUCCACCCUGACCGAGGACACUAUCCUGGCCGCCUUGCGCCUGCGCUUCUACAAACACAACAUCUACACGUACGCCAGGGGCAUCCUGGUGGCAAUUAACCCCUUCAAGUUCCUGCCCAUCUACAACCCUAAGUAUGUCAUGAUGUACAACAACCAGCCACUUGGAAAAUUAAGCCCUCACAUCUUUGCAGUGGCGGAUGUGGCAUACCACACCAUGCUGAAGCAGCAGGAGAACCAGUGUGUGGUGAUAUCAGGGGAGAGCGGAUCAGGGAAGACCCAGAGCACCAACUUCCUGAUUCACUGUAUGACGGCGUUGAGUCAGAAGGGCUACAGCAGCGGGGUGAAGAGGACCAUACUGGGAGCUGGGCCUGUGCUGGAGGCAUUUGGCAACGCGAAGACGGCACAGAACAACAACUCCAGCCGCUUUGGGAAGUUCAUCCGGGUCAACUAUCUAAAGAGUGGGGUGGUGAGAGGGGCGGUAGUUGAGAAGUACUUGCUGGAGAAGUGUCGACUGGUGUUCAGAGCUAAGAAUGAAAGGAACUACCAUGUGUUCUACUACCUGCUGGUGGGAGCAUCCAAGGAGGAGCAGAGAGAGUUCAGUCUGCUGCAGCCUGAAGACUACACAUAUCUACAACAGGAGUACUUUCAUUUAGAAGACGCUGAGGAUCUCAGACAUGAGUUCGAGAGGCUUCAUCAGGCCAUGGAGAUGGUUGGAUUCCUGCCCUCCACUAAGAAACAGAUAUUUUCCAUGCUCUCUGCCAUCCUGUAUCUGGGCAACGUGACGUACACCCAAUCAGAAGAUGGCCAGGCGCUGGAAGCGGGGCCAGCAGAUGUCCUCUCAACCCUGUCUGACCUGCUCAAGGUCAAACAGGAGUUGCUGGUGGAGGCUUUGACCAAGAGGAAACAAACAACAGCCAAUGACAAAUUAGUGUUACACUACACUCUCAAAGAAGCUGUGACAGCACGGGACUCCAUGGCCAAGUCUCUGUACAGCUCUCUGUUUGACUGGAUUGUCCUGCACAUCAACCACGCUCUGCUCAACAGACGAGACAUGGAGGAGGCCGUCUCUUGUUUGUCCAUAGGUAUCCUGGAUAUAUUUGGUUUUGAGGAUUUCCAGACGAAUAGCUUUGAACAGUUCUGCAUCAACUACGCCAACGAGAAAUUACAGUAUUACUUCAACCAGCACAUCUUCAAGCUGGAGCAGAAGGAGUACCAGGCAGAGGGGAUCAGCUGGAGUACCAUAGACUACACGGACAACCUGGGCUGUAUCCAUCUGAUCAGCCAGAAACCCACUGGGCUUUUCCACCUACUGGAUGAGGAGAGCAAUCUCCCUCAGGCCACGGAUGACACUCUGCUGAACAAGUUCAAGCAGCAGCAUCAAGACAACCCGUACUUCGUCCCCACCACAGUGAUGUUACCAGCCUUCGUCAUCCAACACUUCGCUGGGAAGGUCAAAUACCAGAUCAUGGAUUUCCGGAAGAAGAACACGGAUCACAUGCGUCCGGACAUCGUGGCGUUGCUACGUAGCAGCGAGCGGGCAUUCAUGCGUCAGCUGAUUGGGUCAGACCCGGUGGCAGUGUUCCGAUGGGGCAUCCUCCGGGCCACCAUACGCAUCAUAGCGGCCUUCAACGAGGCCGGACGCCGCCGGGCAGUCCCAGGUCUGGUGAAACACACCUCCCGUCAGUCUAUAGGGGAACUGAAGAGGAGACCGAGCUCGGCUCUGCAGAGACUGUCCAGCCACAGCUCCCUACUGGACUUCUCGUUCGAUCGGUCCGAUGACAAUCCUCUGGAGGUGUUUGAGGACAUCUUUGCCAACUAUGAGAAAAAGAAGAAGAGCAAGACCAGCAAGCACAAGCAGCUCAUUCCUACGAAUCUGAUGAACUCUCGGUCCCUGAAGCACAUCGUAGGCCUGACGCUCCAUGACCGAGCCUCCCGCUCUCUGCUCCACCCACAUCAGAGGAAGAAACCACCCAGCAUCAGCGCUCAGUUCCAGGCGUCUCUCAAUAAGCUGCUGGAGACUGUGGGGAAAGCAGAGCCUUUCUUCAUCCGCUGUAUCCGUUCCAAUGCUGAGAAGAAGGAGAUGCUGUUUGAUAAUGCUCUGGUGCAACAGCAGCUGAGGUACACAGGCAUGUUGGAGACGGUACGCAUCCAGAAGUCUGGCUACAACGCCAAGUUCACCUUCACAGAGUUCCUAGAGCAGUUCAAACUGUUGCUGCCUAAAGAAGCCACCACAGCACCAGAGGACAUAGCUAACCUGCUGCAGGAGAUGGGCCUAGGACAGAGCACGUACCAGAUUGGGAAAACCAAGGUGUUCCUGAAGGAGAGGGAGAAGCAGCAUCUCCAGGACACCCUGAACAAGGAAGUGAUGCGUCACAUCGUCAUCCUCCAGCGCUGGUUCAGGGCCUGUCUCAGCAGGAGCCACUUCCUCUACAAGAAAGACGCCGCCAUCAGAAUACAGCGAUGUUGGCGUGCGUUCCGGGCGGACACCAGAUGCCGUGCGGCCACAGUGAUCCAGGCAGCGUGGCGAGGCUCUCAGAAGAGGAAAGACUACCUGAGAAAGAGGAACAGCAUCAAGAAGAUGCAGACACUGUUCAGGAACAAACCAGAUCUAAACAGCUCAAAGGCUGAGGUAGAGAAGCCCAUGCCUCCCCAGCUCCCUUCCAAGACCCAGUCCAUGCCCCCGCCCAAGCUUCAGCCCAAGCACCAGAACCAGCCCUCGCCCAAGCACCAGAGAAGCCUGGAGAGGAAGGAGCUGAGGAGGCAGCACAGUUUGGAACCAAGCCCCAAUAGGAGCCUCCAACCAGGCCCAGAGGUUAACAGACAGGAGGCUACCCAAAGGAACACAGAAUCGGAGAAGAGAGAGGGUAGAGGCUCUCCACCUCCUCUCAACAGACCUCUCUCCCUUCCCCUGGACCCCAAGGCUGGCAGGGACGGAGAGGGGGCGCUCACCAGCCUGUCCCCUUACACAGGCACCCUGGAGCGCUACUCCCACUUGGAAGAUAUCAAGGAGCAUGCAAAGAGGUGGAAGAGCAGGAGGGAGGGAAGACAUCCGGAAGAUUCCAGCCCUGAGAUCCAGCGGCCCAGGGAUAAACGCAUGGAGGGGUUGCUGCUGAACCGAGGGAAGUCUAUCUCGCUGGACAACGUGUCCAAACUCAGCUCCUCAGGGUCAGGCUCAGACAGCUCUUCCUCCAUUACUGAGGUCAGGGUGCGCUCCCGCAAGCGGCCCAAUCACAAACGGCGGUUAGCCUACGCCCGAAGCGGGCUGAUGUUUAACCUUAAGGGUUCCCAGGAGAGCGAGUUUUGGAGCUUCCCCCUCCCACCCAUGAGCCCCUCACCGGGGGUCAGUGGCAUGGGCCAGUCCAACCAACCAGAGGUCCACAUCCGUCCACGCAAACCUGAGGUCCAGUUUCAGAAAUCUUCAGAUAUUACCACGGAUGUUGGAAGGUUCAGCCUCCCAGCCAGGAGUACCAAUGAGAGCUCAAUUAUCAAAGACUACAGCCAAUCCCAGCCAACCACACCUGAGAGACUUGGCUUUUUCAGUAAGAUUAUGAAGAAAUGGCCCAAUAGAGACUCUCAGCCACCUGAGUACGGGAAGCGGACUAAUGAGAAUACACAAUCUGAAAAAGGAGCCAUCUCUCCAUUCUCCUACCCCUUGUCGAGCGAGGGCAGCGGGCAGCCUCAUAACCCCUCCAUCAUGAUCAGCCGAGCCGCGAGAGUUUCUGAGAAGUGGAAUGCUUCUCUGGAACGGGAGAUCACCAACACCAACGAGCUCCGAAACCUGGACGAGUUCCUGGGGAACCAGGUAAAUGAGCUGCGUACAAGGGCGAAGAAGCUGUCAGCGACAGAGAGCAUCUUCCUCACAGCCACCAUGCAGUUCAGAGAGACCAUCAAGGGCAUGUACUCCGUCUCGAAGCCCCACAUCAGCUACAAGGGCUUGAUGAAGGGCUACCAGAACCGGGUGUCCAGUCUUGCCGAAGCCAAGCAGCAGACUGAGGUCCAGUCAGUGGUCAACCUGUUCCAGUCCGUCCUGGAUGGCUUCAUACGGGGAGAGAUCAAACGAGCGGAGGCUGGGCCGGUCAAGACCAUGAAAAAGACAAAGAUGAGAGGGAAAAAGAGCAAAUGUCCCAACAGCCCUCUAGAUCACAUGUUCAGUACGUACCAGGUGAACAUCAUGCAGUCCUGUGACCUGUGUGGUUCCUUCAUCUGGGGCAUGGAGAAGGCCUACAUGUGCAGCGCUUGCAAAUUGAUAUGUCACAAGAAAUGCCUCUCCAAAAUCAUCAACGCUUGCUCAACACGAUGCGCCAGGCUGGAUGAUGGGGUACCUGGCCAUCUGCACUUUGGGGUACAGGUGUGUGUUCUGACCAGUAAGACCUACCCAAUCCCUAUGGUGGUACAGAUUAUGCUGGAGCAUGUGGAGAUGAAUGGCCUGUACACAGAGGGCAUCUACCGCAAGUCUGGCUCUGCCUGCCACGCCAGGGAACUGCACCAGCUACUGGAGACCAACCCAGAGAGAGCAACUCUUGAGAAAUACUCCAUCCACACGGUGACAGGUCUGGUGAAACGCUGGCUCAGAGAGCUGCCUGAGCCCCUCCUUACCUUUAGCCUCUACAAUGACUUCCUGCACGCUGUGGAGUUGCCAGAGCAAUCUGAACAGCUGCGUGCGGUCUACCAGAAACUGGACGACCUCCCCCCUUCUAACUUCAACACACUGGAGAGGCUGGUCUUUCACCUGGUCAGAGUGGCAAAGGAGGAAGAGCACAACCGGAUGUCUGCUAACUCCCUGGCCAUAGUGUUUGCCCCCUGCAUCCUGCGAUCCCCUGACACCACAGACCCUUUCCUUAGCAUGAAGGACAUCUCCAAGAUAACCACGUGUGUGGAGAUCCUGAUCUUAGAACAGUUUAGACGGUACAAUGAGAAGAUGCAGGAGAUCACAGAGCUGGAGUUCGCUGAGGCCCUGGCCGUCAACAAACUGAUGCUCAAGAGACAGAACACUAUCUUAGAGAAAUCUUCAUCAGAGCUGGACGUACCUCAAAUGGACGAUCUUAACCGGUCGGAUAUAGACAUGGAGUCAGAGAGGACCCUCAUCGAGAGGAUCAAAUCCAUCAAACAGGAGAAGGAGGAGCUGGCGUGCAGGUUGCCAGAGUUGGAGCAGGAGAACUUUGACGACUCAGAGUCCAGAUUGUCGUUGUCUAUCAGCUCAGAGAGCCUGCUGGAGGAUAGAGUGAGAAGCCUAGAGGCAGAAGGCAGAGUAAACCUGUUGUGGAGGAGCCAGAGGCAGGAGUGCCCUCCUAAGCCUGCUGACCUGGCCCAAAGAACUACAGCUACAGGCCCCAGAGACCAACCAGAUGGACAGAACCCCCAGCCCAACACCAAGGCAAGGAGCAGGAACCUCUCAGACCUGGACAUCCCCUUCAUAGAUGAGGAGGACUAGUCUGGGUGCCAGUCUGUUUUUGUUCCAUAUUGAAUUGUCAUUCCAAACAAUUGCGGUCAACUUGAGAACUAGAAAUACCUCUAAAAUACAGGAGUAAUCAGUGGAGCUGUAUUAUGGCAACACAAACAAGAACCAUGCACUUACUGUACAUUUUCCUGUGUGUGUGUGUGUGUGUGUGUGUGUGUGUGUGUGUGUGUAAUGACCAAAGCUGCCGUGGAUGUUGAAUGCGGUUGCGGUUUUCUAAUGAGGAAACAUAAUGGAAUAACACAAGACACAGUGCAGUCUAUUGUACCAAUACAUCAUGAACCACAAAGGCUGCGUUUACACCGGCAGCCUAAUUCAGAUUUUUCUCCUCAUUAAUCCCAAAACUGUACUGCUUGUGUAAACACAGCCCAAGUAAAGAGAUGUGCCUUUGAUUUUAGUCAUAUACAAUCUCAUAUUAUUUUAAAGCCAAGUAUUUUGGAUGCGUCUUGCCUGUGAACAAUACUGUAACGAGGACCAAAUCAUUUACAUAUUUUAUACAAGUGCUUUGUUUGCAAUGGACUACUAAUAUGCCACUUAGCUUGGCUUUUUCUGGUACUGUGUGAAAUAAAUUGUUAUUUUAUUAAAACCAAAGCAAGAUUGUAUUUAGGGUUAUUAGUGGGCGUAUAUGUUUUUUCCCCCACGGUGUUUAUGUAAAAGUGAGGGAUAUUUUCACCUUGGGCUGUGUUUACACAGGCAGCCAAUUUCCAAUCUUUUUUUAUUUUUUUAUAUAUAAUUAUUUUGAUCAAUCAGAUCAACUAUUUAGCCUAUAUUUGGGAAAAAGAUUAGAAUUGGGCUGUAUGUGUAAAUGCAGCUUUGCUGUCAUAUGCCUAGGGCCUGCUUUUUGGUGUGGAAAUAAAGCCACUGUGCUUUACCAGUAUUUCCACCAUUAUCCUACACUAGUGUUGCUGCAGGUAGAAAAUCCUCGGGAAACUUCUGUAAUUGAAACAAGCUGUCUCCAAUCAAUGUGUAUGGUUGUGCCUGUUUGUUUGGCGGGGGAUCGUCUGAUUCAGGGGAGGCGUAGGUCUGUGAAUAUUAAUCGCAAAAAAACGAUUAUUUGGCAGGGAAUACUAUUGUACACCUCACUUUUGCUCAAGCAGAUACUCUCCAAUGGAUUCGGAAGUUGUUGCUAUAAAUGGGUCAAUUAAGGGCAGUUAAAAAGGGAGAGUCAGUGAGUAUGUUUACAUGCUCACUAAUCAUUUGAUAUUAAACUGAUAAUUGCAGUAGGUCGAGUAUGCAUAGGUCAUGUAAAACACCUUAUUCUGCUUAUCUUAAUAGCUGUGUGGUCAUAAUCGAAGUAAGCAUACGCCGAUUAAAACACCUGGUUUUCUGAGCAAUCUUUCGAAUUAUAAGAACAUUUUAACACCUUAAUCGUGAGGUACAAUGACGGCGUUGUAAAAAAUAAUUUGUUCUUAACUGACUUCCCUAGUUAAAUAAAUCAAAAAUGUGAUCUGUGCAUGUGCUAGCACCAACAACGCAAGCCUCCCUCUUUUCCGCAAGGGAAUUGAGUUCGGAAGAACUGAAAGUAUGCAUCUUAGACAGGUUUUACAUAUAAACUUUAUAUGUCCAAACUCAGAAUCAAAUAGGAUUCCCAAAAAGGAGAUGGUUGCUGUAGUAGAACAUUUCAUUUUGAUUGGCGAUCGAACGCUUUAAUCAAACUAUUACAUUAAUCUGACUAACAAUAAUCGUAUUAUUGUGUGCCUGUAACCGUACCCAAUGAAACCAACCAUGAAAGUAUAUUGUGAACUUGAACCCGGAUCCAGCAACCGUCAAGCCAACACCUUAACCGAUUUUUCUAGCUGCAGCAACACUAGUGGAUAUUGCUGGACAUAAGUUGUGAUGUAAAGAAAAGUUCUUUCAAGUUCCUCUCAGUUGGAGUAGGCUAGAAGAACACAGCUUUGACGGAAGUAGUGGUCGUCCUGCCUCGCUGCCUCCUAAUAGAUUGAUUGACUAACUGCCUGCUCAGAACGUCUUUUUGUACAGUACUUUACCAAGUAUCACAAAUUCAGCCAUUUUAGCAUGUCUGUGUAUUAUGAAUGGGGUAAUUCAGAAUUAUAUACAUUUUGUUUGCAAUCCUUAUUGUGUUUUGUAUUUCAACUAAAUAAACAGACAUUUCAGUGUUGGGGUUUUGCCUACGUGGACCUUCAAGCACACAGACUUAUGUGUGUGUGAUCUCUACACUGGCCGAUGUGUGAUUAUGUAGAACCACUAAUAAACGACACGUACUGUAUCCUUUUUCA